AUGAGACGAAUGGGUGAUGUUAACUCUAGAAUAGUAGAGGGAAGAUCUGAAGAACUGGUCGUUCCAUAUGGACUAGGGAUACGAAAUGAUCGAGGCGAACGGCUUUGUCAAUUUUGUCAAGAGGAAAAGAUGAAGAUAACAAACACUUGGUUUGAGCUGCCACCUGGUCGCUUGUGCAUAUGGAGAGCUCCAGCUGAUCGCCCUGACGAUAUAGUUCAGAGUCAAAUAGAUUACAUUCUGAUUAACAAGCGCUUUGGAUCCUCGCUAACGAGGGCAUGCACCUAUCUGGAAGCCCAUGUUCCCUCAGACCAUGUCCUGCUAGUAGCAGAAAUAAAAAUAAAAAUUAAAAAUGUCAAAAAACAUGCACAGCGGAAAAUAGAAUAUGAUCGCAUUAAAAAUGAAGAUAUCAAAAACAGGACAGGAGGUGGUUUGAAGGACCCUCGCUGUGUACCACUGGUACACAGUUACUCCAGGGAUGAGCUGGAGGCAGUUCUUAACUUAAUUCAAGGUUCCUGCGGCGGUAAGUAUCCUGUGGAAGAAGAAGAGAAUCCCUGGGACGGCGACUGGCCAGGUUUGCCGGAAUAUUACUGUGGGGGUUUCGAGCAGCCGCCGCCACAGGAGGGAGCAGAGGACAUUGUGCCCAGAGAACGCCGGCUGCUGGAGUUGCUGCCAGAGGAGGAGGAGCAAGAAGAAGAUGCAGAGAAAGGUAAGGAGUCGGACGAGGUAAGACAUGGUUCAGGUCUUGUGCGGUGGCAAGCACCGCAAAACCUGGCAAUAAGCGAAAGCGACACGGAAGAAGAAAUUGAUGACGUAACAUGUGGUUCAGGUGUCGUUCGCUGGCUGCUGAAAUUCUUUUGUGUUCGACUCUCAUAG